GUUAUUUUUAUUUUUGUAAAAAAGUUAAGUGAAAAAGAAUUUCUCAGUACCAAACACACCCAAAAAAGUUACGUCAAUCUUUUGGUAUUUUCCCUCCUUAUAAAAAUACAACUCCCCCCAAAAACUAACACAGCACUACACUCCUUAGUCCUACAACACUACACACUGUACCCACAGGUCACACUGUCGGCAAACACACCUCCCUCUUCCUCUGCUCCUUUGCUCUUUUCCUGUUUACACACAACACUUCCUCGGUUUCUCCGCCAGCCGGAAACUGAGGAUUAACAUAGCGGUGUUGUUUUAUACUUGUACUACUGACCCACAUUUCACUUACAUACAUUAUGGGAACUCACUCUCCAAAGUUCACUUUCACUAACAUUUUUUACUUUGUGGUAGCUACGGUUGUGUUUUUUGAGCCGUUCAUGGCUUUUGCUGGUCCUCUGCGUCGUGUUGUUGACACACAUUGGUACCCUGCUACUGCUACCUGGUAUGGCAGCCCUGAAGGCGACGGCAGUACCGGUGGGGCAUGUGGGUACGGGUCAAUGGUGGAUGUGAGGCCCUUCCGGGCACGGGUCGGGGCAGUGAGUCCAAUAUUGUUCAAAAAUGGUGAAGGAUGUGGGGCCUGCUAUAAAGUCAAGUGUUUAGACAGUUCCAUUUGUUCUAGAAGAGCUGCCACGGUGAUUAUUACCGAUGAAUGUCCCGGCGGCUACUGCUCUGGCGGCAGAGUUCACUUCGACCUUAGUGGCGCCGCCUUUGGACACAUGGCCGUUUCCGGUUACGGUGGUAGCCUCCGUGACCGCGGUGUUAUCUCCGUCAUCUACCGCCGAACUCCAUGUAAGUACCCCGGAAAGAAUAUAGCCUUCCAUGUAAAUGAAGGCUCAACACCUUACUGGCUGUCUCUUCUUGUGGAAUUUGAAGAUGGAGAUGGUGAUGUUGGAUCCAUGCGUAUCAGAGAGGCAAGGUCGAACCAAUGGUUAGAGAUGACACAUUUAUGGGGAGCAAAUUGGGCCAUAAUUGGAGGGCCAUUGCAAGGACCUUUUUCAGUAAAGCUAACAACACUCUCAACAGGAAGAGCCCUCUCAGCAAGAGAUGUUAUUCCAGGCAACUGGUCUCCUAAAGCUACUUACACCUCACGCCUUAACUUCUACUAAUAUAUUGCCCUUUAAUUUGUGUGGGGCACAAUUUUUCCAUUUUUUUUUUAAAAGAAAAGUAGCCGUUUGGAUCAGCAUAAAAAUAGUAUCCAAGGCUCUUUCUUUUUUAGUAUCUAAGGUUGUAACUUCUUCUUUUUCCCUACUUUUGUUGUUGUUGUUGUGUGCUUAGCUAGUUAACAGUGGUACGGUGGAAUGGAUAAAUCUUUCCAUUCUGAAAUCAUAAACCUUGAGUUCGAGCCUUGGAGUAUAGAAAAGUCCAGUUCAGGAGUAUCGCUUCCUCUUAAAUGAGCCUUAAGCGGCGCGUUGUCAAUAGUAGCCCUCUCCAAAGGAGAGUGAGCGCUUUGCCUAGUGUUAUUUUUAUCUUUUUUAUUUGGGUGUAAUAAGUGGUGUUAUGUUGAUGUUAUUGGGUUGUAAGGUGAAGUUAGUGGGGUCCUUUUGUGUGGUUUUUAACUGAGGACCAAAUGAAUGCACAUGUAAUGUAAUGUUGCUUGAUGUGGAAACAUGAAUGAAUGAUGUGGGGGGACCUUUCUGCCCUUUUGGGUAGUUUGGUUCUGUUUCUCAAGUAUUUAAUA